CUCAUUUAAUAACCUCUCACUCAACAUCUUCUGCAUCUCAUUCUCCUCGCCAAACCCUAUUCAUCGAUUUCUGCUGUUUUUCAUCUCAGAUUUCAGAUGAAGGCAGGAAAAUCUAAUGCCGUUUCCAGAAAGCCGGAUAGCAGGCUUUCUGUGAAAAAGCAGACGAAGAAGGAGAAGCAGGCUGCGAAGGACCCUAACAAGCCGAAGAGGGCUGCGAGUGCCUUCUUUGUUUUCAUGGAGGGCUUUAGGAAGGAGUACAAGGAAAAACACCCCAACAACAAAUCUGUUGCUGCUGUUGGUAAAGCUGGUGGUGAUGAGUGGAAAUCUAUGAGUAAAGAGGACAAGGCCCCCUUCGUUGCAGUUGCAGAGCAGCGGAAGGAGGAAUACGAACGUCAAAUGAGGGCAUACAACAAGAAACUGGCUGGCGAGGAAGAUGAGGAGUCAGACAAGUCUCAAUCUGAGGUGAAUGAUGACGAAGACGAGGAGGGGAGUGGGGAGGUUAGCGAAGAAGAAGAAGAAGAAGAAGAAGAUGAUGACUGAGUAAAUUUUGAAGAUGAGGAUGCUUUGCUUAUAGUCAUAUAUUGUAUAUGGAAACUCUCCUUCCACAUCUCCACAACACAAUUAGGACAAAAAUCUUUUAGUUAAGCACUGAUGCAAUAUUUUGUAUUUGCUGUAAAACCUAUUUUCAAGCACUUAUUUGGAGCUUUUUGUUAUCUUUUA